AUGCCAAAAAGCGUACAAAUUAUCCACACUCAACGACACUCUCUGCUUCCUGAAUUAAAAUCUAGUGGAUUUCGGGUGAUUGGAAAGAUCUUUUCUCAGUGUUCUUUGGCUGGUCCUAUUAAUGGUGAGUUAACUGUAGAAACAUCUGCAAUUUCGAUUCACUCAAUGGACAUUCAGUUGUUUCAUGUUGAGUCCAUUCUUCUUGGGGAGAAAAUUGCAACUGAAACAUCUUUGAUACAAACAACCCAGGAAACAGAUGGAAAUGUGUGCCAUAAUUUGACUAUACCUAUCUAUGUAAUACUUCCACGGCUUCUGACGUGUCCAACAACUUUUGCUGGUCCCUUUUCAAUUGAGUUCAAAGUUGCCAUUAUCAUAAGUUUUCAGUUAGAGCUAUCUCAACUGCAUAAGAAGACUGACUUUGGAACUCCAAAAUUUUGGCCCCCAUUGCCACAAUUCGCUGCCGUUUUGCCAUUGUUGACCAUUUUCCACGACUCCAACAUCGUUGCCGUCGAGGAGCGUCCACUAGAGCUUAUUUUUGCCAUGGAGGAACUUGUUUCUCCCCUGUGA